CGAAAUGCCCAGGAGGAUAUUGCUGUAAUUAGGGUUUAUCAACAGCGGGAGGUUUUGCAGCUUCGUCUUCGCAGCAAGAAAUAUGGCGUCGCCUCUGUCCUCAAUUCUGCGGGGUCGAUUCUCCUUCAUCGCUGUUUCAUCUGUUGGCAAGGUACGCCGUUCACUACUCGUCAUUUCAGUUCCCAAAUCGCAUGCUGGAAACCUCUCUGUGUUCCCGACAAGGGCACUCUCGACCUCCGCAAUACCCGAUGAUGUCCAGAGGUCAAAUCAACAACCUUCGAAUCGUUCGUACAAUUUCAACCAGAGCCAUGAGGAUCAGUGGAGUCCGCAGAACAAUGAUUUCGGAAACCACCCCAGUAAUCGCAGAAAUGGAGGACCAAACCCUAGCUCGAAUGUUCCCAAUCAGGGGUUUCGGCAGAACCAGAAUUACGCCCCGCCGAGUGGAAACACGAACAAUUGGGGCACCAAUCCAAAUCAAGUGUACGGUCAAAACCCUACUCCAAAUUUGAACAGAAAUUUUCCAUCCCCAGGAGGAUUUCAGAACCAGACCUAUCAGCAGAGCCGGAAUUUCCCCGACGGGGGUGUGAAUCAGUGGAAUAAUCAAGGGCAAAAUCGAGGGCCGCCCCCUUUCGUAAAUAAUCAGGCUCAGAAUCGAGGGUCUGUUAUGAGCGACGCUGGGCAGCCUCCUUUUUCAAACAAUCAGGCUCAAAAUCGAGGGCCUGUUAGGGGUGAUGCUGGAGCACCUGAGAUUGUUGAUUUACUGAGUUUGUGCCGGGAGGGUAAGGUUAAGGAAGUUAUUGAACACUUGGACAAGGGUGCUCGUGCGGAUGCUGAGUGUUUCAGCUUGCUUUUUCACUUGUGUGGGAAAUCCAAGAAAUUUGAGGAUGCUAAAAAAGUGCACGACUACUUCUUGAGGUCGAGUUUCAGGAGUGAUCUUGAGUUAACCAAUAAGGUGCUUGACAUGUACUCAAAGUGUGGAAGUAUGACAGAUGCACGGCGAGUGUUUGAUCACAUGGCUGAUAGGAAUAUGGAUUCUUGGCACUUGAUGAUAAAUGGAUAUGCAGCCAAUGGGCUGGGUGACGAUGGGUUGGCAUUGUUUGAGCAGAUGAGGAAGUUUGGGAUAACCCCGAAUGGGCAAACUUUUCUAGCUGUUUUUGAUGCUUGUGCUAGUGCUGAUGCAAUUGAAGAGGCGUUUAUACAUUUUGAAUCGAUGAAAGUUGAUUUUGGGAUAUCUCCCGGGAUUGAACAUUAUUUGGGACUCUUAGGUGUCUUUGGGAAGCUGGGACAUCUUACUGAGGCUGAGGCAUAUAUCAAAGAUCUUCCAUUUGAACCAACGGCAGAUGUUUGGGAAGCCUUGAUGAACUAUGCUCGUAUACAUGGAGAUAUUGAUCUUGAAGAUCAUGCUGAAGAACUGAUGGUCAGUCUUGAUCCUUCAAAGGCAAUUGUAAAUAAGAUUCCAACUCCUCCACCAAAGAAGCAGUCUGCGAUCAACAUGCUUGUAGGGAGAAACAGGAUACUGGAGUUCCGUAACCUUACGCUCUACAAGGACGACGAAAAGUUAAGGGCUGCCAAGAAAGAGCAAGCUUAUGUGCCUGACACAAGAUACGUUCUUCACGAUAUUGAUCAAGAGGCAAAGGAGCAGGCGUUGCUAUACCAUAGUGAGCGCCUUGCCAUUGCUUAUGGUCUCAUUAGUACUCCGGCAAGGACACCCCUGCGUAUCAUCAAGAAUCUACGUGUUUGUGGGGAUUGUCACAAUGCAAUCAAGAUCAUGUCCAGAAUUGUUGGGAGAGAAUUAAUUGUCAGAGAUAACAAACGUUUUCAUCAUUUCAAGGAUGGCAAAUGCUCCUGUAAUGACUACUGGUAAGUUCCUUAUGCUCAGCCUGUGGCAUAUGGUGUUACGGCAUCUCUUAGAUGAAUGGGAACAUGUUUCUUUGUUGAUUGGAUGUUCUUUAGAUAGCCACAAAUUCUAAUAUAGAUCUCAUUCAAUCAUUUUGGAGAUAGUAACGUUUUUGUGGACCUUGAAAUCCAUGAAGUUUUAUCUCUUAAUGUGUAAGGUGUGAUCACUGUAGGUUUGUUCUAAGUAUAUGAUAUUUGCUGUUGAACAAUG